UCUCCAUGGUGCUGAAAGUGCACUACUUCAUCCACGCUUCUGAGGGAGGGAGAGGGGCCAUCAGCCACACCCGCUUCUGCUUAUUGGGCAUAUUUCCGUGGAACGUCACAUGCAAACGAGCCUCACGUUUAUGCCGAUGAAUUAUAGAUUAAAGGGAGGCUGAAAAUGCAGAUUCGGUCCAACACACAAACACGGAAUCGAUCGACGCACGGUCCGAAUUCGCGCGUCUCAUCCACCGAUGACUGAGGAGAUGCGUCCUGACGAGCCCUGCUGAAGAGCUCCAGCGUUCCCAGCGACCUCCGUUAGACAGCGUUCACUCACAAACAGCACGGCGAAGACAGAAAACAGCACGAUGCUUGGAUUCUGUAGAGAUGGGACAGCGGUGGCUCUCGUCCUGCUCAAUGCACUGGUGCUCAUAGCUGCUGCAGACGAGGAGGUCAUCUUUACCGAUCAUUUUCUGGUCCAGUUGCACGAGGGGACGAAUGAAGAUGCUCAUCAACUUGCCCGGGAGCAUGGCUUUGGGAGCGCAAGGAAGCUACCUUUAGGUGAAGGACUAUUUCAUUUCUACCCAUGGGAAAUCCCUAAAACCAGGAGGAAACGCAGCCUUCAGCAGCACCAACGCUUGGCGAAGGAUCACCGGGUGAAAAAUGUGUUUCCUCAGGAGGGCUUUGGCCGUCAAAAGAGGGGCUACAGAGAAAUCAGUAACAUUGAUGUCAAUAUGAGUGACCCGCUUUUCACCAAGCAGUGGUAUCUUAUAAAUACAGGCCAAGCAGAUGGGACCCCAGGGCUGGAUCUCAACGUGGCAGAAGCCUGGACCAUGGGCUUCACCGGCAAAGGUGUUACCAUCGCCAUCAUGGACGACGGAAUUGAUUACUUACAUCCAGAUCUCGCCUCAAAUUAUAAUGCAGAAGCCAGCUUUGACUUCAGUAGCAACGACCCGUUCCCGUACCCACGCUACACGGACGACUGGUUUAACAGUCAUGGAACCAGGUGUGCUGGAGAGGUGUCUGCGGUUUCAAACAACAACAUCUGUGGGGUGGGCGUGGCCUACAACUCCAAGGUAGCAGGCAUUCGUAUGCUGGACCAGCCCUUCAUGACGGACAUCAUCGAGGCCUCCUCCAUCAGCCACAUGCCGCAGGUUAUUGACAUCUACAGUGCCAGCUGGGGUCCCACCGAUGACGGCAAAACAGUGGACGGCCCACGUGAGCUCACCCUGCAGGCCAUGGCUGAUGGAGUCAAUAAGGGUCGAGGUGGGAAAGGAAGCAUCUAUGUAUGGGCCUCCGGAGAUGGUGGUAGCUAUGACGACUGUAACUGCGACGGAUACGCAUCCAGCAUGUGGACCAUCUCUAUUAACUCGGCCAUCAAUGACGGACGCACCGCGCUCUAUGAUGAAAGCUGCUCCUCCACCCUCGCCUCCACCUUCAGCAACGGCCGUAAACGAAACCCUGAAGCAGGCGUGGCCACCACGGAUCUGUAUGGAAACUGCACACUGCGUCAUUCGGGCACAUCUGCCGCUGCCCCUGAGGCUGCUGGCGUGUUUGCCUUGGCGUUGGAGGCCAAUCCGAACCUGACGUGGAGGGACCUGCAGCACCUGACGGUCCUCACCUCUAAGAGGAACAAGCUGCAUGACGAGGUGCACCAGUGGAGGAGGAACGGUGUGGGCCUGGAGUUCAACCAUCUGUUCGGAUACGGUGUGCUGGAUGCCGGAGGGAUGGUCAAACUGGCCCGGGAGUGGAAGACCGUCCCAGAACGAUUCCACUGUGUGGCUGGAUCCGUGCAGGAGACACAAAAAAUACAGUCGGGCAACAAACUGGUGCUGAGCAUCAUGACCGAUGCCUGCCAGGGCAAAGACAACUUUGUGCGCUACCUGGAGCAUGUGCAGGCGGUCAUCACUAUCAAUGCCAGCCGCCGCGGGGACCUCAACGUCAACAUGAGUUCACCAAUGGGGACCAAGUCCAUCCUGCUGAGCCGCCGACCCCGGGACGAUGAUGCCAAGGUGGGCUUCGAUAAGUGGCCCUUCAUGACCACCCACACAUGGGGUGAGGACCCUCGAGGAACCUGGCUGCUGGAGGUGGGUUUCCAGGGCGAAGCCCCACAGAGCGGUGUGCUGAAAGAGUGGACCCUCAUGCUACACGGAACACAAAGUGCCCCUUACAUAGACCAAGUGGUGCGGGAUUACCAGUCCAAACUGGCCAUGUCCAAAAAAGAAGAGCUUGAGGAGGAAUUAGAUGAAGCUGUGGAGAGAAGCUUGAAAAGCCUUUUGAGUAAAAAUAACUAGCCAUGUGCAUGAUAAUAUCCUCUCUGUAUUAGCAAAUAUUCCUAGCCUGUUCUCUCUCAGCUUUCUCUUUUUUCUCUUGUGAUUAUUUGAUGAAUGUUUGACAUGAAUCUCUCAUAUUAAAGUGUAUACUCUGAAUGAUACAGCGGCCGCAAAACCAUUUCAACACUUAAAACACACUUAGAAAUGUUUGCAUAUCAUUGUGCCAAAUAUCAAAGCACGUGGCAUUUACAUUAAUGAAAGACAGUACAAGCACACUUUACAAGCAAACACUUCACAAAAGACCUUUGUGUAACGGACGAGCGUGGCAAUGCAGUUGGAGAUCUAAAUGCAGUCUUUAUUUGAAAGAGCGUGGUCAAAACAGGAAUGGUCAAACACCAGCUAACAACAAUGUCCAAGAGCAAGGCAAAAAAAGAGUAAUCUAUAUAACAGGAGAGGGUCAGGGCAGGCAGCAAAUCAUCAAAAAACAGAAAAAAGUCCAAAGUCAAAAACACAGGCUGAGCAAGUGAAAGACUAGAAUAACAGGAUACCAAGAAACACUUGUUUGCUAGCGCAAACAAUACUUUGCAAUCUGUGUGUCAAUGAGAGCAGGUCUUAUAGUUUUACUGAUAAGGUACAGGUGAGUGAGUGAUCAGAUACUAUGCAUGGGAUUAUGGGAAAUGGAGUCAGGUGAUAGAGACCUUGUGAGUGGGAGGAACAGAAGGGACCAGAUUUGUGACACUUUGUCAGGUUUCAAAUAAAUAUACUGAGUUUAUAUAUCUACAAAAAAUCAUCUGGACAGCAGCUGGUUAAAAGUCAUUACAACAGUACCUCAGAAAGUAACAUCUAGCAUCAUUUGUAUAUGCUUUGUUUUUAAAUGCAGUAUAAUAAAGUGUGACUUGAGUGUCCAAAUGUGUAUUUUGGCACCGCUGUAUGUACCAUCGAGAAAAUAGUACAUCUUACUUUCGAUGUUCCUUUUUUUAGUCUUUACAGAAAUGUAUAUAAACCAAAUAUAUCUAUACUUUAUUAUGUUCUUGCUUACCUGAUGUCUCCACCUCUACUGUACAGUUUGUGAUUGUAAAUCAUUUUGUGUGAUUCUCCUUUAAAGUUUAGUAUCUUGCAAACAGA